UCGUAUUUUUUUGAUUGCGCAUGCGCACAUAAAAGAGAAGCUCCGCCCUCUCUCACGCAUGCAUGACGUACAGUGACGUGUAGGCGCAUCACGGCGUAAACAAAACAACAUGUCGCUGAGACAGACUCAAGGAAGAGAAAUGAACGGUCAAUCGGACGUGGAGGUCGAUUACAAGCGGAAGUACAGAAAUCUCAAGCGGAAGUUGAAAUUUCUCGUUUAUGAACACGAAUGCUUCCAAGAGGAACUGAGGAGGGCACAGAGAAAACUCCUCAAAGUCUCCAGAGACAAAAGCUUCCUUCUGGACCGGCUGCUUCACUAUGAGAGGGUCGACGAAGACUCCUCAGAUUCCGAUGCGACUGUUUCUUCGGAAAACAGCGAGGGAGAAGUGCUCCGGGAGAGGGAAAGAGAGCGAGAAGGCGCAAAGAAGCGAAGAAGUAACCCAGGCAUGUGUCUACCAUCGUCAUCCUCCUCGCCUCAUCUCUCUCUGCUGUCCCGUGCAGGUGGACCUUACCUCAACGCCAUGCCCUUCCCACCAGAGUAUUUGGCUCCACAGUCUGAACGAGUGAAGAAAGAGAGGAAAACAAAAGUGCCCAAAAGCAAGAAAGACACCACCGGGAAGAUGGCGGCUAAUUACCCAUCGUGCCCGGCGGUGACGGCUGCUUCGGCGGCCAGCGGGCCUUUCAGCUGGGUCCCCAGACAGAUGCUCAGCGGGGACGCUGCCGAGGAGGAAGGAGAGAGUGACUGCGACAGCGACAGAGGAGAUGAAGACAGAGGCGAGGGAGACGAAGCAGAGCUAGUCAUCGACAUCCCUAACGAGUGAGCUUGACUCUGUGUAUGUGUGUGUGUGUGUGUGUGUGUGUGUGUGUGUGUGUGUGUUGCAUAAAGAGAGGAUGGGCUGGAUUAAAGUGAUUUGUUGGAAGAGAAAAUACACCAUGUGAUCAAAAUUAUUGGGACACAUGGCCAUUAGGUCAAAGGGGACUGGUGUUCGACCUGUCUGUCACACAAUAUCUGCUCUAAUUCAUCCCAAAGCUGUUUGAUUGACUUUUUCCACCCCAAAUUCAUCCAAGCUUACUAUUACGGAUGAUGCUUUGUAUGCUGGGGAACAGAAAAGGACCUCAAAAUAUAAUUUAUAUGUAUAUUUAUGGGAAUUGAUGGUAAUAUUUUCAAAAUUGCAGGUUAGUUUAUAACGGGAAACCUUGUAAUAGUGUAACAGAAAGCUGCUGUAUUUAAAUUGAAACAUCUCAAAAUAAGUAAACCAAUAAAUCCUUGAAAUAAUCAACCACCACAUUUGUCAUACACAAUGUAAGGCGUCCUUGCACACAUGUUGAAAAUAAAUCACUAAUGCUUAAAGCAAUACUAAAUCACAAUGGGGUCCUGGCAGGACUAGUACUAUUGAUUAUUAUGUUGGAUCCACUAUGGACUGGACUCUCACAAUAUUAUGUCAGACCCACUCGA